UUGUCGAAAACCACUAACUCUCUCAACUCCAUCUUCCCCGCGCCGUCCUCUUGCGCUCGAUCUCCGCUCCAUAAUUUCCCAUUUCCUUAGCCUCCUCCAUCGAUUUCUUUUCCUCAGAAAUCUCCGCACUGUUACGUUAUGCUCCUAUAGAUUUUAUUUAUUCUCUAAGGUUAUUUGAGUUCAACUUCUCUUCAAUUCUUCCCACCAAGAAGAGAAGAGAAGAGAAGAGAAUGUGUGAGAAAGAAGAAGAAGCUUUAUGCAGUGAUGAGGAGAGACCUGCUUUAGGUUUGAAACUAAAGAAGACUCCAUCUUUUAUUGAAGAACUCGAAAGAAAGUUGUUAUCCCAAGACGAGAACAACAACACAAACAAUUCAAUGUUUGAUGAGGGUGAAGAAAACCAUCCACCACCUCAGCUGAUGGAUUCUAGUCCGGAUUUUAUGUCCCAGCCAAUGCACGAGAAGCUCAAGGCUUCCAACUUCUCAGCUAUCAUGUUAAGAAUAGGAGGGUUUGAGAGGGUUUCUAGACAUGAGAGUGAUUUGGUGGCUAAAUUAUACUAUGCGAAGCGCAAAUUGGUUUGGGAAUUUUUGGAAGGGCCAUUGAAGAAGAAAAUUGAGAUACAGUGGUCAGACAUUGGGGCUAUGAGAGCCACCAUUGAAGAUGGUCAACCAGGAGUCUGGGAGAUUGAGCUGAACCAACCUCCUUUGUUUUUUCAUGAGACCAAUCCCCAACCUCGAAAACACACUCUUUGGCAGCCUGUGGGUGACUUUACAAAUGGUCAUGCUUCUCGAAUCAGGAGGCAUUUUGUGAAAUUCCCUCGAGGAGUGCUGGAUAAGCACUACGAGAAACUGUUGCAAUGUGAUCCACGCUUACAAAUGUUGAGCCAACAACCAUUUCCCACCCAAAAUCCCAACAUAUUUUUCCUCCAACAACCAACCAAUAAUUCCUCGUACGAGGUUUCGGAUUUGUGCCUUGAUUUCCAACGCAACGCCAUGCCAAACCCCCUCAAUAUCCUUACACACACAAACCCAUAUAUUAAUAUUCCUCAAAACAACAACUACAACUACACCUGGUUCUUAAACGCAACAAAGUUGCCUCCCAACACCAACACCAUCACCACCAACAUCGUCAAUGCCUUCAACAACGAAACCCAAUCCUCCUCGUCCACUUUCCCCUUACCAGACACUUGUGUUUACCCAACACAUGAAUAUCCCAUGAACCCAAUCUGUAACUAUCCCAAUCCGAACAAUCAUCUGAUCGAUAAUCAAGUUGUAACUUAUAACAACCACCAAACAAUGGCGGUGGUAAAUUCAGUCCCGGGUGGUAAUAACAACUUCCACCCUAACAUGGAUGCUGUAUUGAGUUUCUACCCUAACAAUCUCCACAAUAACGUGUCUAAUGGGCAGGCCUUAGAGACUCAUCAUCAUGUGGCACAAGGGACACUAUAUCAUGGAAGUCCUUGGGUGCCUUCUCACUUUACAAAUGGAGACCAUUCACCAGCUGGUUCCAACGGAGAAGAUUCGGGUCGUCACCUGCAAUAAGGAUGUAUCCAAAUCAAGAUUUUAGACGACAGGAUUGAGUGGUAGUCUUUAUUUUCCCUUUGUAAUGUACAUUGGGAAAUUGGGAAUAGGAUCGGAUCGGAACGUGUUUUUCAUGCAUCUCCUAGUCCAAGACUCCUAGCUAGCUAGGUUAGUUGGUUUCAAUUAUUCCAUGCAUCUCAAUAUCUUUCCGUACUUCCUCUUUCUCUAAUUUGGAUUUCUAUUCAUCAUUCUUGAUAUGAUGGAUGAAAUGACAGGACAUCAUGUAAUAUUUGAAGUUGUUUUAUAUCUUGGUUUCCCUCA